AAUAUUUGUUGUUGUAAGUGAGGAGAAUCUCUUUUGGCAGCUGAUGUCGAUUUAGAGGGCGGUUUUUUUUUAGAGAGAGAGAGGGAAAGAGUGAGCGAGGGGGCGGGUGUCUCUCGCGCUCGCCUCGCGCAGCCUCACAGACGCUCGUGAAAUCAACACAAGGACGGUGUGCUUCCACAUCUUUCGCUUAUUUUCGGGAUUUUCUGGAUAGACAACACCGUAAUCGAUGCGAGGCCUUGUAACGGACAUUCGCCGCUGAUAUUACGCCCGCGUUUUUUCUGUUUUUGUCGUUUUUUUCCGCCUCAGCGGAGCGUUCGUUGGAUUCGUUAUGAAUUCCAACCCGCUUCCUAACGGCAGACUCCUACCGGACAGCCAGAGCUGGAACUCCUCCGGUUCCGACGAGGAUCUGGACGUCGAACCGGGACCCGGACCGCACGGAGGGGUGGCGGAAUUAGGCGGGGUGCUCAGUAAGUGGACUAACUACAUUCACGGAUGGCAGGACCGCUGGGUCGUGCUGAAGAACAACACUUUGAGUUACUACAAAUCCCAGGACGAGCGCGAGUACGGCUGCCGCGGUUCCCUCUGCCUCAGCAAGGCUGUCAUCACACCUCAUGAGUUUGACGAGUGCCGGUUGGACAUCAGCGUCAAUGAUAGUGUGUGGUAUCUACGUGCUCAGGACCCAGAGCAUCGCAACCAAUGGAUCGAUUUCAUCGAGCAACACAGGGCUGAGUCUGGUUAUGGCUCUGAGUCCAGUUUGAGGAGACAUGGCUCCAUGCUGUCCCUCACAUCAGCCACCAGCGGAUACUCAGCCACCUCCACCUCCUCCUUUAAGAAGGGUCACAGUCUGCGGGAGAAGCUGGCAGAGAUGGAGACGUUUCGAGACAUCCUGUGCAGGCAGGUGGACACGCUGCAAAAAUUCUUCGACGGCUGUGCUGAUGCCGUGACCAAAGAUGAGCUCCAGCGAGACAAGAUCGUGGAGGACGAUGAAGAUGGUUUCCCUACCACUCGCUCCAAUGGAGAAUUCCUGCAUAACAACAACGGCAGCAAGGAGAAACUAUUCCAGUGUUUGAGUCAUAAAGGCAUUAAUGGGAUAGAUUUUAAAGGAGAGGCCAUCACGUUCAAGGCGACCACGGUGGGGAUCUUGGCUACGCUUUCUCACUGCAUCGACCUGAUGGUGAAGAGAGAGGACAGCUGGCAGAAGAGACUGGAUAAGGAGAUGGAGAAGAGGAGGAGGGUGGAGGAGGCGUAUAAAUCAGCCCUGUCCGAGCUGAAGAAGAAGUCUCAUUUUGGAGGGCCUGAUUACGAGGAGGGUCCAAACAGCCUGAUCAAUGAAGACGAGUUCUUUGACGCUGUGGAGGCUGCUCUGGACCGACAGGACAAAAUAGAAGAACAGUCUCAGUGUGAGAAGAGCAGGAUACAGAGGAGCAGUUCAGUGCCUUCAGGAGACAUCUACUCCAGCGUGGGCUCUCACCGAUUCGCUGAGAAGCCCCCCUCUCGUCCUUCCUCUCCCUCGUCUUCUGCUGUAGCCUUCACUCCUUCACUCCAUGAGCACAGAUUCAGUGCUGAGGUAACAGCACACUCAUCCAACACUGUUAUGGCAUGAGAUGACAUGACCUUACAUCGCUAAUGCAUUCGCAAACAUCGCACAUGUAUACAUAUAUCUAGUCAGCGGGA